GAGAGAGAGGGAGGGAGGGAGAGAGAAGGAGAGCAGAGGCAGAGAGGGGACAGACUCUGAGAGGAGCAGUCGCUCUCCGUUACAUCCGCUGUGAGCUGGUAUUUGGAAAGCUCCAUCCUCGGCAUACGGCGCUCCUACCGCCUGUCAAUCAAAACCUAAAGGACUAUGACUGAUAGACCCAUUUCCCACUUCAAAGUCACCCACCUGGGAAGAUAGAACAUUUGUGAACAGUACGUAUUACAUCUCCUUCACGAAGAUGAGGACUAGCUUCCUGGCCAUUGUAUGGCUGUGCUUUGCCCUGUCCCUGGAUGCGGUGUCAUUGAAUGGAUGGAGGACAGACUCUGUAGAUGGAGGGGAAACAGAAUCAGCGAUCAGAGGAGAGAAGCCACUUAAAAGAGUGAGACGAGGCUGGAUGUGGAAUCAGUUUUUCCUGCAGGAGGAAUAUACAGGCAGCGACUACCAGUACAUUGGCAAGCUCCAGUCGGACCAGGACCAUGGCAAUGGCUUAGUGAAGUACGUCCUCUCUGGCGAGGGGGCUGGCACUAUCUUUGUCAUUGAUGAGAAUAAUGGCGACCUGCAUGCCACUCGACGCCUGGAUCGUGAGGAGAAGUCCUACUACAUCCUCAAGGCCACAGUUGUUAACAAACGGACGGGUCAAAAAUUGGAGCCAGAGACCGAGUUCACAGUCAAACUCCACGACAUCAACGACAAUGAGCCCCAGUUCAGCAAAGAAGUUUACAUCGGCACUGUGCCUGAGAGGUCUGAUAUUGGUACAUCAGUCAUCCAGGUGACGGCUACAGAUGCUGAUGACAGCAUGUAUGGGAGCAGUGCCAAACUGGUCUACAGCAUCAGCCAGGGACACCCAUACUUCUCUGUGGACCCAAACACAGGUGUGAUCCGGACGGCCCUGGGUCCCGGUGACAUGGACCGGGAGCAGAGGGAGCACUACCAGGUGGUCAUCGAAGCCAAAGAUAUGGCUGGGCAAAGAGGAGGGCUCACUGGUAGCACUGUGGUUAACAUCUCGCUCACUGAUGUCAACGACAACCCUCCCCGCUUCACUCAGAGAAUAUACCAGUUCAGAGUGCCCGAGUCAUCCAAGUCUGGCACCCCAGUCGGAAGAAUUCAAGCCACUGACAGAGACAUUGGGAAGAAUGCCGAGAUGUACUUCACCAUUGUCAGCGGAGACGGCAUGGACAUGUUCGACAUCUCAACUGACAAGGACACUCAGGAGGGAGUCAUCACUGUCAGCAAGCCUUUGGAUUAUGAGAAGAAGCCAUCGUACACGGUAGAGAUCCAGGUCCAGAACCCCCAGAUGGACCCUCGCUUCAUGCCCAUGGGCUCCAAAGACAUGGCCACAGUUCGGAUUGCUGUGGAAGAUGUGGAUGAGCCGCCACUGUUCGAGAAAGCCAGCUACCUGAUGGAAGUGAAGGAAGAUGCUGCAGUGGGCGCGGCCGUGGGCUCGGUUAGCGCCAUGGACCCUGAUGGUGUUCGCAGUAUGGUGAAGUACUCUAUCGACCGUCUCACUGACAUGGACCGCCUGUUCAAUGUCCAUCCGGGGAAUGGAUCUGUGUUCCUGCUCAAAAGCCUGGACAGAGAGGAGACCGCCUGGCAUAACAUUUCAGUCGUUGCCACCGAGUUCAAUAACCCUCGUCAGAGCAGCCGUGUCCCCGUCUACAUCCGUCUCCUGGACAUCAACGACAAUGCGCCGACAUUUGCCGCUGUGUACGAAACCUUUGUGUGUGAGAGAACUAAGGCUGGCCAGCGGAUCCAGACAGUGAGUGCUGUCGACGCUGAUGAACCGUCAACGGGACACAAGUUUUUCUUCAGCCUGGCUACUGAGGGGAGCCACCGCAGCAACUUCACUGUCCGAGACAAUGGAGAUAACACUGCUGGCAUACUGACUCGUCGAGUGAGCUACAACCGCCUUCUCCAGAGUGUCUACAUGGUUCCUGUGGUGAUCACCGAUGGUGACUACCCCAUGCAGAGCAGCACAGGGACCCUCACUGUCAGGGUGUGCACCUGCGACCGCGAAGGCAACAUGAAGCUGUGUAACACAGAGGCUCUGAGCAGCUCUCCUGGCCUCAGCACUGGAGCCCUCAUUGCCAUCCUCCUGUGUGCCAUCAUACUGCUGAUGAUCGUGGUUCUGUUCACGGCAUUAAAACGCCAGAGGAAGCAGGAACCUCUCAUCAUCUCCAAGGAGGACGUCCGGGACAAUGUGGUAAGCUACAACGACGAGGGUGGUGGUGAGGAGGAUACCCAGGCUUUUGAUAUCGGGGCACUGCGACACCCUGAUGCUGCCGCCGCCUUAGAGGAGUCUGCUAAACAGAGGCGUGACAUCAUCCCUACUGAUACUCUGCUGUACCCGCCACACCGCCGACCCGCCCCCGCUGCAUCUGGUCUCCUCAUGCCACCAGUGAGCAUGGCAUCACGGGAUAAUGGGGACGUACGCGAGUUCAUCAACCAGAGGGUGCUGGAAAAUGACUGCAACCCGACAGCACCACCGUACGACUCGCUGGCCACCUACGCCUACGAGGGGGCGGGCUCAGUGGCCGAGUCUCUCAGCUCGCUGGGCUCAGUUUCCUCUGAGGCUGAACAGGACUACCACUACCUGAGUGACUGGGGGCCCAGGUUCCGAAAACUGGCUGACCUGUACGGAGCCGAGGACAGUGACUUCUCCUAACAACGACAUGUCACAUUUCAGGAAACAUUUUGACUAUUGCAGGGCCGAGGACGGCAACAAUCUAACUUCAAAGUCAUUAUUAAAGACUGAGAACAUUGCUGAAGAGCUUUAAGAAAAUGUGAGAACCACACCCACCCCUCCCACCUCCCACACACACCCAGACACACAUGCUGGCAGAUAUUAAUACCGCCAUUUUGAAAACGGGACUGAAGUUCUAAAUUUAUAUUUCUGGGAAUUUGAGCUCAUGGAUAUAGAAAUGUAAAUCAACCAGCGCAGUGGUGGAGCCCAAAGAUGUCCAGUUCCACUUGUGUGAACUUCUUCAAAGACUCAUAUCAGACGGUCUGACUGGAGUUUGAAAUUAAAAAUACGACUGUAUUUUUCUUGAGGAUCCGACUUGUACUUCUUUUUUUGACUUUGCUUUAAUUUAUCCUGGGUUACCAAAUAGUCGCGUUACAGAGUGUUUUGUGCCAUACAUGUGCCAUUCAAGGCGAACCGUACAGAGGGUUUGGAACCAGGUCAGUGACCCCAAAGUUGUUAUUUCAGGACUUGACAAGACACACUUACUGCUGCAUACAUGAGGUGAAGUGUGUGUAAAGAUGACUUCUUCUUCUCUCUUAGACUAAGUGCCCUUCUGCUUCCCUUCGAGCUGAACUCUGGGUGCCUGUUGGCUGGCUGAGACUGGAGGGGGCUAAUGACUUUUACAUGAUUUCGUUUUGUCUGUUUUGCUGUCUUGUACAAAAUGACCAUUCCAGAGAAGCUGAAGGAUCAUGCUGAAGGAUCCUCGCUUGACAAAUCGCCUUUUUCGCUUCUUCGGGACACAGAGUAAAAAGAGGACAAAAUGCACUGAUUUCUUUUUAUUUACACAGGUUUAUAGAUGCUUCUGUUUUUUGUUUUUUAUGUGUUGCACAUGAAAGAAGUUAUAUGUUCAUAGCACCAUUUCUAGAUUUUUAGAUUGUUGACUAGGUGUAUAUUGUGUCAGACCUGUGGUUGAACUGAGUUAUAUUGGAAGUAUACUAAGUUCUAUAGAUCUUUCAUUUCACUGGAAACUUUUUCAACUUCAGAUAUCACACACAGACAGUUCACAAACAAUGUUUCUUUCAGAAUAUCCUUCAUAUUUACAGAAAUGACAUGGUUCAUCCAUCCUGGCAGGGUUGUCGCAUUUUAUUUAAAAUUUUACUACAAAUUGAUCAAAGAAUAAAUGGAUCAAAUAAUAAAGCUGCAAUAAUCGUUUGUAAAAUAAAACUGCAUCAAAUGACUACAUGUAGUGUUGAAGGCAGUGCUUGUGGUUUCACAUCUCCAGAGAAUUGUCACACAAUUUGCAGUUCUUCUCUUACUUACUGCUGGCACAUCUCUCAGUCCAUUGUUUAGGCUUUCCACAGCACAGUUUUAAAGUUUUGAUUCACUCUCACCACAUGUAUCGACUCCAUUUUCUUCUCAAGUUCUGACAAUGCCAUUGCAUGGUGCCUGCACAAUGGCAAACACAACAGUGUCUGGACUGAGGGAACAAACCAAAACAACCCAGUUAUAACUGAAGUAAAAUGUAUAGUUCCACUUACUCGCAGGGCUCCUUACAUACUUGCUGAGAACUUAUUUGAAAAGUUGAGACUCUGAAAUUGGCAGCAUUAUUAGGAAAAUAGACAAACUAACUUGUGAUAAGUGAUAUAUUGAUAUAGUUUGACUAAGAAAUGGAACCUUAGUAACAUGAACGCCUCUACAAAAAAUCUGUUGACCUGUUUGUCCAUUAUGAUGGAGAGUACGAAUUAUUCUAAAAAAAAAAAUAAAAAAAAAGGUCCAUUGCAAUAUGUCAUCACAGACAAUGGAGCUCUUCAAUCAAUCAAUCAAUCAAUCAAUCAAUCAAAACUCCAACUCCAGACAAGCUGAAAGCUAGCUUACUUUCUGACUCAUAAUAAGUAAAGUAAACUAAUGCCAUGCUCACAUCUGUACAGCCACUUAGCCACCUAGCUGAGUGGAAACACUGAAAAAGGGAUACAGCUAGCAAGGUCCUGCUUAAAAUGGCUAAAACCACUUACCAGCACCAGCCUCUCUUGACUGCUCUGCUCACGGAGCCAAUUUGUCUUUCAUCUCAGCUGGCAUAUUGUUCACACGACAACAAAGUGGGCAAAAAGCAACAACGGCAGGAUAACUUGUAAGAACCGCUAAUAGACACCAAACAAUCUGAGGAAUUAUAUUAAAAAUACUAUAACAUCUAUAUAAUAAAUCUGACCAGAGUCAGUUUUACAGUACAACAUCAGUAAAGACAGUGUUUCUUUCAGAUUUAUUCCAACCAAUGUCAACGUCGAUGAUGAACUUUUCUGUUUCAUAAUAUUUUCUGUUUGCACGUUAAUUACCAUUAUUUGCAAAUUUCAUGAUAUGAUCCAAAUUAUUUUCCCUAAAGGUAUCCUGGCACAAAUUCUGCUCACUGCUGACACCCUAGUCUCUCAUCAGUUUCAAGAUCAGAAUCUCAACCUCAGUGUUACAUUAUAAAGAAAACAUUUUACAAAUGACAGAAGUAACAGUUAUUAAGUUUGCUUACUGAUUUUUGGUUCUGAUUUGAUAUCAGGAGCUUGUACUGUGUGGUUUAGCUGUUUGGUAAAAGCAGCAGUUUGUUCCAGUUGUGUUUUGUGACUGUGAUCUGCGCUGAAGGCUUAAAACAGAAAUGUCCACAUAUUUUCUUUAUAUUGUAACUCAUUCUUUUUGUACCAAAUAUUUAUAGGACAAAAUACUAUUACUGCAAGGGGGAAAAAAAAGAAAAAAUCAAAAAAGUGUCCAGCUUCACUUUUUUUUAUGUAAUUUUGGAGGUGUGAAACUUGCUGUGGGCAGUCUACCAUCCGUAUAUGAUAAUGUAUUAUCAAGUUGUUUAAUUUUAUCAAAAUAAACUUUUACAUUGAAAGUGA